AAUGUGGUUAUGUUAUUACUGGCCAUUUGAAUUUGAUAAUUAAAAAGUAACCAUGUCAAAUUGUUUAAUUACCUGAGUUUCUAAACCUCAUUGUUAUUGUAAUUAUCAAUUAUUAAGUUUCAUCUAUAGGCUAAAUAUCAAACAUGUAAAAAUAAACGAUAUGAUUAUUAUCUAAUAAUCAUAACAUACAUUAAAUAUAAACAUGGGCGUCAUUGAAUCUCUGAAAUAAUCAAGAUGUGAAAUCUUGGUCCAAAGGUUCUCUUGUGAUAAUUGUCUAUUCAUUAUUCAUAUCAAGUUAUGAUUUAUAUUAAUUAUAAAAAUAAAUUAUUUCACAUUUUAAAAAACAAGACAUAAAAAUUUAUCUGCUGAUAUUUAUUUCAAUAUAGAACGUCAUGUAAAAGCAUCAGUAGCAAUUAAGUGAAGGCUGACUCAUAAUUUAAAGUUGUCAAUAAUAAAAGACUGUCAUUAAGAAAUAAAUGCUUUAAUCAAAUGUGUAUGUAAAUUACUUUAACAUAAUAUCCACAAGCAAUGGAAGCUACAGAAGAAUCAGCUGUCAAACGUAAAUCUAUUGGUCGUUUAUUGAAACGUAUUCCUCAAAAUAUUGCUACAACUGUUGAACACUUUUUCUACAGUUUAGGAAUACAAAUAGCAAGACACCCAUUAAUAUGGAUAUUAGGAUGUUCAAUAGUAGUUUUAUUGUGUCUAGGAGGUUUGUACCGUUUUCGUCAAGAAAAAAAUCCAUUGAAAUUAUGGGUACCACCGGAUUCCGACUUUGUUAAAGACACUGAAUGGUUGAUGGAGCGUUUUGAUGAAGGACAACGCGUUGAGACUGUGAUUAUGACUGCUGAUGAUGUUUUGCAACCUCAUGUUUUAUUUGAAAUGAAUGAAAUAAUAAAACGUAUUAUGUCUAUGGAGACUGAUAGUCAACCAAAGCUUUAUUGGACUGAUGUUUGUUUUAAAAUUCCUAUAAUAUCUGGAUACACAAAUCGUGAAAAACGUGAUAUAGAAGAUGACGAUUUUUUUGAAGAAGAACCAGCAGCACGUUCAGAUAAAAUAAAUUUCGAUCCAUCAGUUCAUGCGCCGACAAAAGUAUACUGCGAUAUUUUAAAUAAUUUACCGACGGGUUGCCUUAUUCUGAGCAUACUCGAUUUAUGGGAGUAUAAUUCUGAUUUAAUAGUUAAUCAAACCAAAGCUGAUAUUAUUAAUAAAAUAAAUUCUGCUGAAAUGAGCCCGACUUUGGGUCAUCCGAUGAAUUUUACUGAAUUAUUAGGUGGCACUGUCACCGAUGACACGGGUAAAAUUGUCAGCGCUAAAGCUCUCAAGACUCACUGGAUGCUGCACGUUGAUUUUAAAAAAAUAAAUAUGAAUGACGCUGGCAAUGAUGUUGGAACUUCUGACUGGGCAACGCUUGAUGUAUUAAAUUGGGAAAGUGCCUUUCUAAAUCAACUUCACUUGAGCUCUGAGUAUUUAAAAAAAAAUAAUCUCAUUACGAAUCAAUCAUUGGAGAUAUGGUAUGAAGCCGGCCGUAGUUUUGGUGACAUAAGUGCCUCGACCAUGUUCCAAGAUAUAAAAAAAGUAAUAAUAGGAAUAGUUUUAAUGACUCUGUACGUCCAGAUUAUUCUAUCCCGCUUCAAUUGGUUAGAAUGGCGCUUUUGUUUAACGAGCGCUGGCUUGUUAUGCGUUGGAGGUGCUUUUGUUGUAGCUGUCGGACUAUGCUCUCUGUUUGGUGUGCCUUAUGGACCAGUGCACUCUUCGUUACCUUUUAUGUUAAUGGGUCUUGGUGUAGAUGAUAUAUUUGUAAUGAUGGCAUCUUGGGAAGAAGUCUUAUCGCACGAGUCCAAUCGUGUUAAAUCUGUUGAAGAACGCAUUGGUAUCAUGUUAAGUCAUGCUGGUGCUGCUAUUUCAAUAACAUCUUUGACAGAUGUUGUUGCAUUUAUUAUUGGUGCAUCUACGAUUCUUCCAUCACUAGAAUCAUUUUGUAUUUACGCCGCAGUAGGAGUUCUUGUUACUUUUUUAUUGCAAGUAACAUUUUUCGUAGCAGUAUUUACGCUGGACGUAAGACGAAUUGAGAGUAAACGUAACGGAGUAAUACCAUGUAUAGUACAUAAAAAUAAUCAAACAUCACAAGUUGAUCCAAGUAAAACACUAUCAUGGCGUAUAUUUAACUGGCUCUACUCCAAAAUAGUAUUAACAUUAUCAGGAAAAAUAUUUAUUAUAUUAAUAACCGCAUCAGUGACUGUCAUUGGUGGCAUUGGUGCUUACAAUCUCGAACAAUGGUUCGAUCCCAACUGGUUUUUACCAAAAGAAUCUUAUCUCAGUAAUUAUUUCAAUAUUAAUGACAAACAAUUUCCUAACCGCGGUAAUCCCGCGGCUAUCUACAUCGCGGAUAUUGAUUAUCUUAAUGAAUUUCCAAAAUUAAUAACAGUUACCGAGAAAUUAAUUAACAUGACAACUAUUGUUGAUAGUGUUGAAUCUUGGCCCCAUGACUUUGCUGAUUUUGUAACACUUCACUAUGAAAAAGAUGUCACAAAUAAUAACACAGUAACAGUAGAUGAUUUUAAUUUUUAUCUCUCAAAAUUUUUAUUCAGCCGGAGUGGAGGCCGCUACCAAAAAAAUUUUCGGUUCAAUGGAACACUGAUAUGUGGAAAAAAUACACCAAAAAUAAUGCUCUCUAGUAUAAGUUUAUCAUUUAAAAAGUUCAGCGGACCAGAUGAAUGGAUACCCGCAAUGGAUGCUGUUAAAUUAGUGGUUAACGAAACAAAUUUUAGCAGCUACGCUACCAUAUGGAGUAAAAUAUUUGCUGCCUGGGUAACAGACAAAGUAAUUGCUCGUGAAGUUACGCGUAAUAUAAUACUUGCACUUAUUUGUGUGAUGGGUACUACUGCAGUGUUGAUAGCUGAACCGCAGACGUGUAUUUGGAUACUUUUGUGCGUCAGUUUAACUCUUGUUGACAUUUGUGGAUUCAUGUAUUACUGGGGAUUAUCUGUUGACAUUGUUUCCUGUAUAGGACUUGAAUUAGCCGUGGGUUUAAGUGUUGAUUAUGCAGCGCACGUAGCCCACGCAUUUUUAAACAGUAAAUCACCUAAUGACGCCGGAGGCGAUGAAAAUAAUCGUACUGUAAGGGCAUUAAUUGCCGUAAGACAUAUCGGUGCGGCGGUACUUUAUGGCGCCGGUUCAACAUUACUCGCUCAAUCGCUUCUAGCGUUUUCUGAAGCAUACGUUUUCCGAACAUUUUUCAAGAUAUUUUUCCUCGUUAUUUCAUUCGGCGUCUGGCACGGCCUCUUCUUGCUCCCAGUAAUUUUAAGCUCCAUUGGUCCACGGAGUCUACAAGUCGGUAGAACUAGAAUUAAUAAAAAUACUAGUAAUGAUAAUAAAAAAAAUAAUGCAAACGUACUAGACAGAGAUAUUGAUCCGGACUUAAGUGCACAAGUCCCUCUAAAUUUUAUACAAAACGACUAAUUAUAUUUUAUUUAUAAAUAAAUAAAUAUUUUGUAUCCUCAUUCAUCUUUAUCAAUAAUAUUUAUUUUUGGUUCAAUAAACAUACAAAAUUAUUACACUAUUCAUACUUAUUAAUCACACAUUUAUACAAAAAUAAUAAUAAUUAUUGAAGUAAUAAUAAUAAUAAUAAUUAUAAAAUUGGAUAACUUAAAAAAACGGUAUUAUUUAUAUAUAUAUAUAUUAAAAUUAAAAACAAGUAGAAAAUAAAAUGUUGGAUCCUGUGAUGAUUUUGUUUAUUGAUCCAUUAAUAAAACUGUUUAAUUAUAAAUAAUUGUAAAUAAAAUAAAGUAAAAUAAAUGACUAUUGUAAAACGUAAAGGUAAAAAUUGUAUUGUAUGCAUUAUUUAUAUAUAUUUAUUAAUUUUUAUUUUAUUUAUAUAUAUUUAUAUUUAUACUCGUAAUUAAUAAUGACGUAAAAAUGAGCGGCGAGGGGAAUCACCCAAUCGACAGGUAGUUAAACCCCCAUCGCUGUCUCUCUCAGUCUUACACAGUUCAUAUGCAUUCAUUCAUUUAUUCAAGCGUACCCUUAUCAAUUUUAUUUCAUUUUCAUUUUUAUUUUUAUUUACUUAUUUUCUUUUUUUAUUAUUUAUUAUUAAUAUUAUUAUUAUUAUAAGUAUUAUUAUUAUUAUAGUUUUCAAUCCUUUUUUAUUUAUUUUUCAUACCCCGUAAAAUCGUGCUCGUUAUUGAAAUAAUAAUUUAUAAAUCUCUCCGUCUCUCCUGAUCGGCCGCGGACGGAGCAGCAAGUGAUCCUCGACAAACUUACAAUUUUAAAUUCAAUAUUUGUAAUUAAAUUAUAAAAUCAUUAUUUUAUUACUCUAGGUGCUUAUAAUAAUCAGCACACGGUUUAUUUAUUUGUUUAUUCAUUUAUUAAAUGUUUUAUUUAAAUAAGUUUGUUAGCGCACACGACGGUAGACUGCUGGGCAGAAAGCUGCGCACUUUAUUUUCUGAUUACACAAGUAUUACACUUAUUAUUUAUUAUUAAUUCGGGGCCGUAUAUAGUUUUUUUUAUAUUGUUUUUUUUUUUUUUUUUUUAGUAAUUAUUAUCAUUAUCAAUAAGGAACCAUCGAUAUAAUAAAAUUUAUUUUAUAAAGUUUUAGCAUAAGGUGCCAAUUAGUAAGUGCUUUAGUGGGAAAAUUUUAGGACGUAGCACGCGUGGCGUGAGCACAGGUAAUUAUAAUCAACGCGACAAUUGGGAUAGCCAGGUUUUUAUUUUUAUUUUUUUAUAUUUUUUAAUUGGAAUUGGGGAGGAUAUGGAAAAAAAGCUCGUCGUUACAUGACAAUUGUCGUGAACUCAGGGGCCGUCAGAAGCCGCGAUUUUUUUUUUACCUUCACAUUUAAUUUUUAAAAAUUUUAUACUAAAAUUAGCCGACGUAAUUUUUAGAUUUUUUUUAAAAACGAUAAAUUCAAAAAAAAUAUAUAUUUCAAAAAAUUGCACCUAUAGCUUUUUUAAUUUUCUACACAUGCAAUUUUUUUUUUUUUCAUUGAUUUGUUAAAAAAAAAAAUCAAAAAAUUUUUAAAUGUCUUCUAAAUUCAGAUAAUAAAAAUAAAAAAUUAUUUCUACUAAUGUAACAUUAAUAAUAAAAAAUACUUAAAUAUUUUACAAUAAAAAUAAUAAAUUCAAUAAACAUUUAGAAUAUGCUUCAAUGUUACAUUAAUAAAAAUAAUUAAAUUAAGUCUUUGCACGAGACACUUUAGCAAUUAAAGUAAAUAAUAAUAAUAACAAUAAUAUCAAUAAUAAUAGUAAUAAUAAUAACAAGAAAGAAGGCUGAGGAAUCGACGGCCGGGGAAAGACACUUCGGGGUACAGACAGACACACAGACACAUAAGACUAGGCUAUUUAUCAACUAUCUAUCUAUCUAUCUAUAAUAAUCCCUAUACUAUAUGCACAUGCACACGGUAUACAUACACGCGACAGUACAAUAAUUAUCAUGAUAUGUAUACGCAUGUGCACACGUUGUUAUUAUUUUCAAUCUUUAUUAAUUUCAUCAGUUCGUUAAUUCGUCAUCAGUAAUCAGCAAUUGCAAUCGCAAUUAUAAUCAUAAUCAUAGUCAUUUAUUAUUAAAUGUUAAUCUCCAUUAUUAUUUGUUUGUUUUUUUUUUUUUUUUUUCAUUUUUCAUCUUUUUUUUUUUCUUGUUCAAUUACUCAAUACAAGCUUAUGCCCAAAAAUCUACCAGAGGCACUUUGGGUUUAUUAGUACCAUUAAAAGUCGGCGUGCGCAAGGGGAGGGACACACCGCACAUCUGAUCCAAAGAUUGUACGUGGCACAACGCGAGGACAUUAUUAUUAUUAUUAAUAUUAUUAUUAUUAUUAUUAUUUACCAAAUUUAUCGAUUACUCUUUGUUAUCAAUUAAUAAGUAAUGAGUAAUUAAUCAAUACAUUUUGUUUUUUUAUUUUAUUAGUCAUUAUCAACUUUCGUACAAUAUUAAAUCGGUCUUUCCCCGAUACGAGUUUCUGAUAAUUUAAUCUAUAGCAAACUCGUAGUAUUUUUAUCUCCAGUUAUUACAUGUCCAAAUAAAAUAUAUCACGCUCUCCCUUAUUAUCCCCAUUGUCUAUUUAAAUAAUCUCGCUCGGUUUUAAUCACUUUCUUGAACUCCCUUUCCACAUCUAGAUCUUAAAUCACUUUUCAUUUUAUUUUCAAAAUAUUUUUGAGCAAUAAAUACUUUCUCCACUUACAUGCACAUUUUAAAUUGACGCAUUUGGAAAAAAUACAUGUUUUAAAAAAUAAACAGAAAAAAAAUAAUAAAAAAUAAAAAACAAUUUAUAAAUAAGUCAAUUCAUCCCUUCAAAUCCUCAUUAAAUUAUAAACAAUCCAUUCAUACCGAUCCAUUUGCACCGCGACUUUAAUCGACAACUUACGUAACACAAAAUUGUUAUGGCUAAAUUAAUUUUAAU